GGCGACGGGAUGCGGAAGUGACGUGACAUUUUGCCCUACACCACCGACGGAGUUGACAACAAAAAUAGUAAUUUUGUGUGUCUGUGUACAGUUUUUCUUCUGUUCACCGUCACAGCCUCACAGUAGGUGCUGCAUUGCUAUGACGACGUUCCUAUAAAGACUCUCGGGCUUUUUGCCUUCACAAGCCUCCAUUUAGAGGUAUUUUCACCCGACGGUUCAAGCCGCUCUCCUACGUCACAGACCCAACUUUUCAGUUUUCCGUCAAUGGCGUGUACUUUAGAGAAAGUGUUGUGCGAUGCUCGGACCCUUCUGGACAGACUGAAGGAGCACGACACGGCCGCCGAGGGACUGAUAGACCAAACCGGGGCCCUUGGACGGAGGGUGCAGAGCAUGAAGGAGGUGGGGAAUGCUCUCCCAGACAAGCACACAGGAGACAGUACAGAGAUUCAAGAGCUGACGAAGUACAAGCCCCAUGUCCUUCUGACUCAGGAAAACUCUCAAAUUAAGGAGCUGCAACAGGAAAAUAAAGAACUGUGGCUGUCUCUUGAAGAACACCAAUACGCCCUGGAGCUAAUCAUGGGUCGGUACCGUAAGCAGAUGCUCCAGCUGAUGUUGACAAAGAAGGAGCUGGACACCAAACCUGUGCUCAGCCUUCAUCAAGACCACGCUAAAGAAGUGCAGAGCCAGGUGGAGCGGAUCUGUGAGAUGGGCCAGGUAAUGAGAAGAGCCAUGCAGGUGGACGAUGAGCACUACUGCUCCAUCCGGGAGCGGCUGGCUCAGCUAGAGAUUGAGAACAAGGAGCUUCGGGACCUUUUGAAUAUCAGCAAAGGGUCGGUGAAGACUGUGAGAGAUGAUGGCGCCCAGCCGCCAUCACCCCCACCAGCAGCCCAGUGGGAGCAUUCCCCACUGCCGGCGUCUGAUGAGUGAGCAGAGCAGCUUCUGCCUGUACUGUGGCUGGUCAAAAGAAAAGAAACCAAACAGGGUUGUGGAUUUUCUGGUGAAGGUCACUUGAACACAGCAUUUUAGCUUUCAUGAACAUUUACCUGUGUGUGGGUUAUGAAAGUUCUUGUAAAGCAUCACUUUGUACAGUAAUUGUAUGGUCACUGCUGUCAUGUUAGAGUGGAUUUAUCAUAACCUGUGACGCUGAUUAAAUCUUUGGUUUGUCACUAAGAUACUAGAAGCAGCAAAGGAGAUUUGUUUUGUAUUUUGGAAUAAAGACACAGUUACUCUUCAGAGAUACAGAACAGAAAACGUUCAACUGCUAGACAGUGGAAACAAAUUCAGGAGCAGUAUGUCAUCGUAACAACAGAAUUCCUCAUUAUAACAAGAAAUGAAACUCAAACAAGGUUUGUCUUUAUAAUGAGAUGAGUUUUAUGUUGUUAAAAGGAUGAACUUUCUUGUUUUAACAAAAUUAGUUUUAUAUCUCACUAUAAUGAGGAAGUUUCCUCUGACAGAUGCCAACUUGCUCAAAAAGCCAUAAAAUUUCUCGCUUACCCUCCUUCUUCUCAUCCUGUUUCAUCCAGACGACUUCUAAAAAUUACAAGAGCUUUCACUGUUACAAUCUUUAUUUUUGAAAAGAGAAUAUAUUUUGGUUUUAGUGAGAUAUAAAUCCCAUGACAACAAUUUUCUUUUACCUGGUUAAAACAAUAAUUUUUUUCUCCUUUGAACAAGAUGCUGCCUCUGAAUUUAUUUCCAAGCUCUGUCAGCUUCUGUUCUGCAGUUUCUCUCUCGAGUUUACGUUUGCUACAUUCACGUUCUCAUCCACUUCCACUGAAUAAGAAAAUCGACAGCAAUGCCUGUUACGAAAGCCAGCUGGUUCACCCCACACAGUGUAAGACUGCGUUCUUGCUGCCAAAAAAAAUAACUUUUCACAAAGUUUUACCUGCUGCACAUAAUGCAUUUAUACAUUUAAUAUGUUUGUUAGUCACAUAGAAUGGAUUUUCAUAUUGAAGGGACUAACUGUGUCAGUUUCCACAUUUGGAAGAAGAGAAAAUGUACCAAACCAGCUCAUGACACGUCUUUGUACAAAGUAAAAGAUUUUAAAAUAUGCCAACUUUUUGUGUAAUUGAAUGUUUGUUGUUAAAAACUGUAAAUUGUCAUCUCAGGAAAUCAGUUUAGACGUCAUGACGAUGUACAGGAGUGUGUCAAAUAAAAUGUGAACUAUA